AGCGAUCAAGAAAUUCAGAAGGUAUGAUUUGGGAAAUAACUGCUCACUGGAAUGUCUCCCAUGUGACGUCAUUUUCUAUCGUCCCCACCGCGGCAAGCGCAAUCGAUAUACGCCACAAGUCAAUCGCGGACAGGCCCCUCCUCUUUCCCGGGCGUGGACGAGGACGUCAACCCGGGGGGCGCGCGCGCGCACGGAGCCGCCUGCCAUUCUCGCCGUGUGGCUCUCGCUGCCUGCCGUGCCGUCUGUACGAGAAGCCGCGGCAGAGUGUCGAUGCGCGCCGGCAGCGGCACGGUACCAGCCGAGGUUCCAGCCAAGGUUUCCGCCGCCCGCAGCGACGUCACCAGCGCGCAGCUGCUCCAAACAACAAACGCAGGUGGCGCUGUCGUUUUCGAGAGGUGAUGGCGCACUCCUUGCUCAUGACGCUGGUGCUUCUUUUGGCGGUGGUGUCUUUCGCCAUCGCCGCCGGACCACCCGGCGGCCCUCGCGGAAAGAGGAGGCGCAACUCUGGUGGACGAUCACAACACCCCCCGCGGGCCGCACCGGGCCACAGCGACCAGUGGGUGGCACGGAAGAGCCGGGGCGGCGGGCGUGCGCAUUACCCGGCCCGGCUUGAGGACGACGGAUUGAGCUUGGAGGGUCUGCGCCCGGUGCGGGUGGCCAUGGGGCCAGGUCGAGCCGGCCUGAGUGAGAACCGCUUGAUGGACACGCGCAAAGGAAGGGGACACGGCGAACGGUCGCAGCUCAGGAGACGCGGGGGGAGACGGGACAAGGGACGACAUGGGCAAGAUCCCCAGCCAAGCCUCGUAGUGGACGAGCCCCCUCCUUCGCCGUCCUCUUCUUGGGCCCUUCCUGGAGAUGGCCCCUCCCCCAAUCCCUUUGGCUCUGGCUCUUCCAUGGUUGUCACGGUGACCAACGAGCAUCCCCCAACGCUACCCCCGGCCUCCAGCAAACCACAGCGGUCCGGACGAGGUAAAAAGCAAGGCGAGGUGAUGCCCACGUUGGACAUGGCACUCUUCGACUGGACGGACUAUGAAGACAUGAAGCCCGCGGACGCUUGGCCGUCCUCCAGGAAGAAAGAUAAAAGGCGAAGUAAAAACCUCAGCAGCGGGAACGCGACGGUGGACGCCGACGACAUCGAACCGUGUGACCACCAUUUGGAUUGCCUCCCCGGUUCCUGUUGUGACCUGAGACAACACGAGUGCAAAGCUCACAACCGAGGCCUGAACAACAAGUGCUACGACGACUGCAUGUGUGAGGAAGGCUUCCGUUGCUACGCUAAAUUCCAUCGCAAGCGACGGGUGACGAGGAGGCGGGGCCGCUGUGUGGCGCCUGAGUCGGUCAGCAGUGACCAAGGAGGCUUCAUCACCAUCUGAGGAGGAAGAGAGGAGCGCUUGUGGAAGACGGCAACCGUGACCACUCGGACACGGCUGACCAUAUUCUAAAGGGGUGGACAUUUUGAAGGACAAUGGAAAGCUAAACCCAUAAAUCCCGAAACCCAACCAUAUCCCAAUCCAACGCGAACUCUCAACCUACCCUGAACCCAACUCUACUCUCCCCGCGACCCAACCCAAACCGGCCCUAAUCGUCCUGAACCUCCACGAGUGAGUGUUUAUUCCCCCAAUUUUUUUUUUUUUUUU